UGGCAGCGCACAGAGAGCUAGUAUAUGCCGGUCCGUCCUCAGACUUUUUGACUCCUUUCACGGCAGCACAAGGUGUAGCAGUGUGAGCAGCCUCCAGCAUGGCACGUCUGGGCCUACCCGUUUUUGUCGCACUGUGCUUUUCUUUGCUUCACUCCAGCUCCGGACGCCCGCCUCGCAUAAGGAAGGCCGUAUCGCCUCGAGCAACGGAGGACGAUGAUGUGAAGGGGCAGCUGGAGAAGUUGUGGCGGGAGGUGAAUUUGCUUAAAGAGAUGCAGGCUUUGCAGACAGUGUGCCUCAGAGGCAUCAAAGUUCACAGGAAGUGCUAUCUCACAGUUGAGGAACCCAAACACUACCACGAGGCUAAUGAAGACUGCAUCGCACAAGGAGGAACUCUUGCGACGCCGCGAGACGCGAUGGAGAACAAUGACCUUCGAGACUAUGCCAAGAGGAGCUCUCCUGGCUCCAAGGACUUCUGGAUCGGCGUGGCAGACAUAGUGAAGGAAGGCCAGUAUGUUGACGUCAAUAGUCAACCCGUCAGCUACCUCAACUGGGACCGCUCCAAGAAGCAGCCCACAGGAAGCAAGCGGGAGAGCUGUGUCUCUCUUUCAGUGGCCGCACAGGGCAAGUGGUAUGACGAGGUGUGUCGCAGUUUGAAAAAGUACAUUUGUGAAUAUGUCAUUCCCUAAAGACGUUGAUGCUCUCCUAUGCAGGUCAAGGGGUGAAAGCCAAAGAUAGCAUUACAGUAUUUCCUCCAAUAGUGGCUGUCCGUAAGACAAAUUCAAUUCCCUUAAAUAGACAAAAUCUGCGCUCUGACUUUAUUUCACCCUGAGUAUGCUUGUAAUACUGGUAAUGUUUUAUAACUUUUUAUUUUAAAUUAGAAAAACGGUAGCCUACAGUAUUGUAGUCAGAGCUGUCAAAUGUUAGAAAUUGUCUGUAUUUUGGUACGGAAAUCUCUGAACGCUAACUUGUUACGCCCUGUAACAUUGAUUGUUCUGGAUAUUUAUCACCGUGUCGGGCCACCAAGACAGACCAGUACACAUUGUAUGGACAAAUGUGAUGAAAAACUUGACUAUAACACUAUACAAAAAAUAGAAUGAACUGCUUGUCCACAUUGAACAGCCUGUAUGUAUCAGAGAAUGCUUAGUGCUAACUAUUUCAAGCCUUCUGUCAAGGAUAAACAAAGAUGAGGGUCACGAGUUCAAAAAGUUAAUUAGAUCACUCCACAACAUUGUGUAGCCUUGUUUGUGUUGUGUGUCUUCAAUUGUGAACUGACAUUUCUUCGU